AUGAACAGAAUGGUACACUCCCGCCCGUCAUUGGACGAGAUCGAACCCAAUCUCUUCUUGGGAAACUUGAGCAGCUCUACCAGGUACUUGACUCUCCAAGAGCACCAGAUCUCAACCUUGGUUUCCAUCAAUACCGGCUGCUUUGAAAUUUGGGAUCUGCCAUAUAACAGAGCACUCAUCCCCAAAGAACGCCAUUUGUUCAUUCCUGCUUUUGAUAGCUCAACUCAAGACUUACUCCAGCAUAUGACUGAGGCUUGUGAUUUCAUUGAGCGAAUGUGCUCAUUGAAAAUUGAGCGACCAGCAAAAACCAAGGAGUCAAAAGCAAUCCCCGAGACGCAAACCUCGCCCAACGUCAUCCUGGUACAUUGUGAUGUAGGCAUCUCGCGCUCUGCUACCAUCAUGAUUGCUUAUCUUAUGCGGAAGUAUCGCCUACCGCUAAAAGAUGCCAUGGCAAGGGUUAAAGCGAAGCGGAGGAAAAUUAGGCCAAAUGAUGGCUUCAGGGAGCAACUGGAGAUAUGGGAGAGAACGGGGUAUCAGGUAUAUGAGGACGGUAGGGCAAAGAUUCCAAAAUUGGAGUAUAAGAAGUUUUUGAAAAGACGGACGAAGAGGUUGAAGGAGAAGGGCUUGAAGGGGAAUGAGCCGAUUGUGCCAGAGUCUGCACGAACUGAAGCCAUGCUUGCAAACAUGCAGUUAGACGAAUAG